AUGGGCGCCCAUCAUUCCCGGAGGGCAGCGGGCACAGCGGGCGGCCGAGGUGCUGCAAGCGCAGUCAGUGGGGUCACGCGCCGCGUCACACUCGCGGGUACACUCCGGAUUCACUACACGCGGAAGCAAUCCUCCGCGGCGCCGCUCACAGUUCUCCCCUGCAAAGGCAUAUACAUCUGUGCAGUUGGCAGUGAAAGGGCCACAGCGUCCAAACGCACCGCACGUAUUAUUGAUGCAGACCGCAGAACAGCCUUUCCCACCUCCCCCCAACGACGUUUCUUGCUCAUUCACAAUAUGGACAGUUCCGCAGGACCUGGCAGGAGCAUGCUGCAGCAGCAGACGCACAUUCCACGCAGCCAACGCAGGUCACAGGUUCAUGUGUGCCGUUAA